AUGGCAGCAGGGUUUGAUAUAAGCAGAUAUUUUAGGACACAGCCGAUAGACUCAACACCAAUGGUUUGCAGUCGCUGCCACAGAUUAAUUGUUUUAUGUUCCUGUUUAAGUAGUGAAGAGGCAAUUAGACAGUCAGCAUUCUACUCUGACGAUUUAUUUGAUGUUGAUUUUCUAGACAUUGAAAACGCAGAAGCACAGCCUGGAAGUGACCUUGAUGUGGCUGCCCCUUUGUGCGAUAAAAGUCACCAGCAUCACGAGUUCAUUGAUGUGGACGACUUGACUAUAGAACAUUUACCAGCUGAGAUCAGACAUUGCACCACAUAUGUGUGGCUACGGAACUGUGUGCCACUUGUUGUCAGACUGAUUCGGAAUAUCACAGCCACUGGUCGUGCUUGUUUACAUUCUGAAGAUUAUCGUGACACACGUAUAUGUGAUGAUGUGCAUUGUCCGUACGUUGCAUCCUUGGGCCAGGGUCAUAAACUUUAUGGAGGCAUCGGAAUUAUCACAAACAAGCAUGUAGUUAUGGAUGAUGAUCAGGCAGCCAUGACAAAAAUUGAAUUCUUUUAUAAUAAUGAUGCUUCUCGUACUACGGGAUUAGUUGUGAAGGAGUUGGGUGCAAAGUUGUAUACAACAAACACAAAGAUGGAUUAUACUCUCUUCACUUGCUAUGUUCAUUCUAGAGAAUUGGUUCAGCUAGUCGCCACAUUUGAUAGGAGAAGGAACUAUUCAUGGUUGGCUAUACCAAGACAUAUCAGAAAAAAUGCUAAAAACUUUGCUAUAGUGAUCUCCCACCCUCAUGGCACAUCAAAGAAAAUUAGCAUAGGAAACGUGAUUGAACGUAGGACACAAGCUAUGAGUAGACAAGAAGUUGAGGAUUCGCAGAUAGUGCGAAGUAUUUAUGACUUAUGUGAGAGCCAGGGGGGUUCAGGAAGACUUCGGUUUGCUGCUUACUGGCGCCAGCUGAAGGAUAUCAGUUUACCUCACUCUGUUACCUGGUAUACUGCCCCAACAUGCAAGGGCAGUUCUGGUGCCCCGGUGUAUAUGGGAAAUACAGUUGAGGAAUAUGGGGAAGAAAUCAACCAAGCUCACACACACAGAGGUGUAGACAAUACACGGGGCUUGAACAACUGUUUUACUUGA